AUGGUAAUUUAUAUUGCGGUAGCAAUUGUAGGUGGUGGUGAUGGUGGAGGUGGUGGUGGUGACGGCGGGUUUCUCAUGAAGAUGGGUAGUUUUGAAAUCAACAUUCCUUCCAAUAUUAGCAAAGCUGAAGUAGUGCCGGAAAGAGGGAACAAGUUCGGCAAGGCCGGGGUUUUCUCCUUCAAAGGUUGGAUAUGGAGUGUUUGGGAGUUCUGCAAAGAAGAUAGGAACAGAGUAAUUUUCUCACUGAAAGUGGGGCUUGCUGUUCUCCUUGUGUCUUUGCUCAUACUACUUGAAGCACCCUAUCAAAUAUUUGGCGUUAACAUCAUCUGGUCCAUUCUCACUGUGGCCAUUAUGUUUGAAUACACAGUUGGUGCAACGUUUAACCGAGGAUUUAAUCGAGCACUUGGAAGCUUGCUUGCCGGAAUCUUAGCCAUUGCUAUUGCCCAGUUGGCCUUAAUCUCUGGUCGAGUUGCAGAACCUAUUGUAAUUGGUAUCAGCAUCUUCCUCAUUGGUGGUGGUGAUGGUGGAGGUGGUGGUGGUGACGGCGGGUUUCUCAUGAAGGUGAGGGUAGAGACACAGAGCAAAUCUUUCUGGGUUUUUUUUGGGAACAGAGGGUAG